UCUGAAUGUAGCCGUUAUAUAAAGCUAUAUCUUUUUCCUUUAGCAGAACACAGGCUUGCAUAAUUUAACGUUAAUAACAAUUUGUGUGACUAGUGCGUGGCCGGUAUCUCUGUUAAACUAACGGUGCAUCUAUCCUGUGUUUCAGCAAAUAGAGCCAAGUCAUGAGUGCAGAAGACCCAAACCCAGCCGCCACACCCACUCCCUGUGAAGACCUCCAGGGAGAUGGACGAUGGAUGUCUCUGCACAACCGUUUCGUGUCUGACAGCAAAGACAAAGAACCUGAUGUCCUGUUUGUUGGAGACUCUCUUAUUCAGCUCAUGCACCAGUUUGGGAUAUGGCGGCAGCUGUUCUCUCCUCUCCAUGCCCUCAAUUUUGGGGUGGGUGGUGAUGCAACACAACACGUGCUGUGGAGACUGAGCAACGGCGAACUGGAUAACAUCAGCCCAAAGGUUGUAGUGCUGUGGGUAGGCACUAACAAUCAUGGUCAUACUGCGGAACAGAUCUGUGGAGGCAUUAUGGCUAUUAUCCAAGUCAUCAAGAACAAGCUCCCCCAUGCCCGGACGCUUGUACUUGGUGUACUGCCCAGAGGUAAAUUGCCAAACCCUCUGCGAGACCGAAAUGCCAAGGUGAACCAGCUGGUCCAGGAGGCCGUAUCGUCCCUCCCCCACGCCUCCUUCUUAAAUGUGGACCCAGGCUUCGUCCACUCCAAUGGUAGCAUCUCCCAUCAGGACAUGUACGAUUACCUUCAUCUGACCCCUCAGGGCUACCAGGCUGUGUGUGAACCCCUGCAUGCCCAUCUAAAGUCCAUGCUAGAUAAGCCAGCUGAGAACUGAGCAACCAGGGCACAAACUAACACUACCACAGUGGUCCUUAUCCCUGUUUCCAGAGAGCAUCAUACUCAGCUAAUUAACACCUUGAAUGAUGGCUAGAAUCAAUUAUUAGGGGCUAAGAGCUCUAAGUCCUCUUCAUGGCCAGGGUUGGUGACCACUGUUACAGAUACAUAAAGUUUUGUGUGUUUAUGAUACAGUAAGAAAUUAAAUGUGCUGUGCUAUAGAGAGACAAAGUCCUGCCUCAAUUCCCAGUAAGCAAAUGUUCCACGAGCUUUUGGUUCUCAAAGUGUUUUUCUAUAGAAGGAUUAUUUCACUUCUUUACCACCUGAUACAAAUGAUAAAUCUGAUCAGCGGAAUUCCCCGUGUGUCAACGAUCGGGAUCAGAGCCAGCGACUCAACAAGAACAAUGAAAUGACAUCUGAAGGGAUGACAAUGGAAGACACUGUUAAACACGUAAGUCAAGUAGUUAUGAAUAAAGCUUUUAAAAGAUCCAUCAACUUUUUACUCUAAAAAUAUACGCUGUAUAGGUCAAAACAUUAGUAGCUUCUUAGUAGCUCCUCAUCCCUUCCGCUACAGCUCUCAUGAGACUAUUGCAGCCUAAUUUACCUUAGAAUAUCUGCUUUUCAGAAGAUGCAUGCCUUAGGCUCCUGGAACAGGAACCAGUUGGGAAGGAUGUGAGACAUUGGCUCUUUAGGUGCCAGUGUAUAUCUGGUAAAACAAAGAUAAGAAUUACAAUAACUAAGCCCUUACCAGGAAUUGCUGUAAUUUGUUAUUUUGUUCCUCAGUUUCACUAAGUUCCGUGAGUAACGUAUUCUUUCAAUAGCUUUAUUUUCUGUGUUGUGACGUCUGAUGUCUUUUGUAUAUGUUAAUUUGAAUGACCAAAUGUUUUUGAUCGACCAUUACUGUCUACUUGCUUUUUAUCAUGUCACAUAUUGUCUCAUUAUUGUACCUUAUUGCUCCACCUAUUGUAACAGUAUCAGAGUUUGACAUAAGAGUCUUUGCAUUGUUGCAAUCAUAAAUGUAUUUGGGUAGGUUGUGAAGUUGUAUAGAUAUAUCUAAAGUUGCUUGUGCUUCAAGUUUAAUCUCAUCUGCUACAUAAUGUCCCAUCAGACCACCUAAAAAGGCUUUAUUUCACACUAAAAUGCUUCUGAACCUCUUGGAUAAGGAUUGUGCUGCAGAACUUGAAUUAUGCUUCAGAGUGCCUGAUUGUGUAAGUGAUGAAAGAAUGCAUUAAAUAUGAGAACAAGAUGG